AUGCCCAUCCUCAACGUGCACGCCGGCGCACUGCCCAGCUUCUCGCUGCGCCUCAAGCAGGGCCAGACGCUGCCGCAGCUGCGCGAGCGCGCCGCCGCAAAGGUGCGCCUCGAGCUCAAGGACGGCAUCCCGCUCGUCGUCAAGUACGCGUGGGCCGGCGAGCGCUUCGCCCUCGAGGACGAGGAUGACUACGACAUCUUUGUCGAGCGCAUCGCCAACGAGAAGGAGGCUGACCUCUACCUCGAGUCGCCCGAGAUCCCCGCGCGCGGCAGCGACGCGCACGACGACGACGACGCGCGCUCGGCGCACUCGGCCGCCAACACGGCCAACGUGCCCGUCGUCAACGACUCGACGCUCGUUGCGCGCACGCCCGGCCGCAGCGGCAAGGACAGCGCCGUCAGCAUCCACCGCGUCACGCCCAACCACGUCACCAGCGCCGACGAGUUUGCCGAGGCCGGCGGCGUCUCCGGCGGCGGCCGCGACUCGCUCCUCUACCCGCCGGCGCGUGAGCCGGCGCCGCAGCCGGGCUACAGCAAGCCCGUCGUGCCCGACUUCCCCGCCACGACGCCCGGCAUGGACGCGAUGAGCGUGCGCAGCGGCAAGACGGGCCGCACGGGUGCCGCACCCUCGAUUGCGCCGAGCACGACGCCGUCGCACAAGCUGGCGUUCCAGGAGUUCCACAGCACGCUCGGCGUGCGCCUGCUCAAGGGCAGCCUCGGGCCCGUGCAGGACGUGCCCAUGAUGCUCAAGAGCGGCUACCGCCACGUGUACGUGUCGCGCAGCUUCGCCCUCAACCACGGCUUCAUCCCCAAGGACACGACGCCCGGCACGUACGGCUUCAACGGCAUCACCAACCUCGGCAAGUGGCCCGUGCAGGUCGGCAGCAAGGCCGUGCCGUGCACGGUGAUGCUCGCCGAGGACUCGUACUUCCCCGUCAUCCUUGGGCGGAGCUUCAUGGAGAAGCGCGGCGUGCGCACGGACCCGAUCGACAUGACGAGCGUGACCUUCAUGGACAACGGCGAGCGCGCCGACGUUGAGGUCGUCGUUGUGCGGGACGAGGCCGGCGAGCCGAUCCCGAUUCCCUGA